UUUCGAAGCUUUAUCGAGCGCGGUGUUCAAAAAGCCAUUCGCGAUGGUUCGUGGUUCGUGUUGGGUUUCGCUUUCAGUUUCCAUUUUUGUUGCUCGCGGUUCUCUCGAAAGUCGAAAGUACAUAGAAUUUCGAAUUUCGUCCACCGGUUCGAAUCACUGUGAAAUUGCAGUUCCAGUCUCAAUCUCCAAUGGCGGGGAAGGAGAAGCCGAAGAUCAUAAUAGACAAGAACCAGAUGAGAACCUGGUGUAGGGCCAUGAGAUCCCAAGGCAAAACCAUCGCCCUCGUGCCCACCAUGGGGUAUCUCCACGACGGCCAUCUCUCGCUCAUCGAAGAGGCCCACAAGCACACCCACCUCGUCGUGGUCUCAAUCUACGUAAACCCUAGUCAAUUUGCCCCUUCCGAGGAUCUCUCCACCUACCCUUCAGAUUUCGAGGGCGAUAUUCGGAAGCUCAUGGCUGUUCCUGGAGGAAUCCAUGUUGUUUUCCAUCCACAUAAUCUCUACGACUAUGGAGUAGACGCAGCUGUGGAAUUUGGCGGAAAUGGCGGCGGUUCUGAUGGUAGGGCGGCGGUUUCUUCCCUGGAGGCGUCUGGUUCAGGGCAUGAGACAUGGGUGAGAGUGGAGCGCUUGGAGAAGGGGAUGUGUGGGAGAAGUAGGCCUGUUUUCUUCAGAGGAGUUGCCACCAUUGUUGCCAAGUUGUUUAAUAUUGUGGAGCCUGAUGUCGCAGUGUUUGGGAAGAAGGAUUAUCAGCAAUGGCGGAUUAUUCGGCGGAUGGUUAGAGACCUUGAUUUUUCUAUAAAAGUCGUGGGGUCUGAAAUCGUCCGUGAUGCUGAUGGUCUUGCAUUGAGUUCUCGCAAUGUGCACCUCUCACCUGAAGAAAGACAAAAGGCAUUGUCUAUAAACAGGUCAUUGUCAAAAGCAAAAUCUGCAGCAGAAAGAGGUGAACGUAAUUGCAAAAAAUUGCAGAAUAUGAUGGUCGAUGAAAUACUAGAAGCCGGUGGACGACUUGAUUAUGCUGAGAUUGUGGAACAAGAGAGUUUAGAGGUGGUGGAGGAGAUCAAGAGCCCAGUUGUAUUCUUGAUUGCUGCCUGGUUUGGGAAAGUCAGGCUCAUAGACAAUAUGGAAAUAAAGUUAUGAACAUUUGAACA